AUCUACGACGUACUACCUGGCCGACCGCAGGUACGACAUGCUGCCCGCCGUCCUCAGCGCGGACCUCUGCUCCCUGCUGGGAGGAGUCGACAGGUACGCGAUGAGCGUGAUGUGGGAGCUGGACGCGCAGAGCCUCGCGGUCAACAAGGUGUGGUUCGGCCGCACGCUGAUCCGCUCCUCCUACCAGCUGCACUACGAGCUGGCGCAGGCGCUCCUGAGCGGGGAGCCGGCGGAGGUGCCGGAGCUGCAGGAGCUGGACCCGGAGGAGAAGGACCGGAAGCUGGCGGAGCUCACGCAGGCUCUGGAGCUGCUGACGCACGUGGCCAGACACCUGCGGGCGCAGCGGGACCGAGGAGGCGCGCUGGAGCUGGAGGGCGUGGAG